AAGAAGCGCUGGUUUAUCCUCCGCAGUGGCCGCAUGAGCGGGGACCCGGACGUGCUGGAGUAUUACAAGAACGACCAUUCCAAGAAGCCGCUGCGCGUCAUCAACCUCAACUUCUGCGAGCAGGUGGACGCUGGCCUCACCUUCAACAAGAAGGAGCUGCAGGACAGUUACGUCUUCGACAUCAAGACCAGCGAAAGGACCUUCUACCUCGUUGCCGAAACGGAGGAUGACAUGAACAAGUGGGUGCGGAGCAUCUGCCAGAUCUGCGGCUUCAACCAAUCGGAAGAGAAUGCAGACUCCGUAAGAAACAUUCCUAUCGCCAGCCACGGCCCGCGUUCUUCCCCGGCCGAACUGAGCGGUUCCAACCACCGGCUGCUGAGGGAGCGGAAGUCGUCGGCUCCCUCCCACUCCAGCCAGCCCACCCUCUUCACGUUUGAUUCGCCCACGAACCACAUCCGGACCACCCUUUCCACCAGCGCCCCGCAAGACUAUCUCUUCCUACACCAGUGCAUGAGCAGGAAAUCAGAAACCAGGAGCGCUAGUUUCUCUCAAGCCACGAGGUCCUCGUUCUUCAUGAGAAGCGACCCGUCCGUUCAGAAACUCUCUCAGGGGAACGGUCACUGCGUGAACGGCAUGGGCGGACAAGUCCACGGCUUCUAUAGUUUACCCAAGCCCAGCAGGCACAACUCAGAGCUCCAGGACAGCGCCUACGACCUCCCCAGGAGCUUCGGAUGCUACGCCCACACGAAAUCGAGCCUCACGGGCUCCGAAACGGAUAGCGAGGAAGUCUAUACCUUUAAGACGCCCAAUAAUACCCUCUGCAAGGACUUUGGAGAGCUGAGCACGGAUUCGUACGACGUCCCCGGUACCCCCUUGUCCAUUUAUCAGAUCCCAAGGACAUUCACUCUGGACAAGAACCACAAUGCCCUGGCGGUGGCUGGCAACGAAAUGCCGGCCGCUCCGCCCCCUCGGCCUCCAAAGCCCGGGCAGGCAGAGACGCGGUGGGGCAGCCCUCAGCAGCGACUGCUGGACGGCGAAGGCCUCGGCAUGGGGCCCGUGGCUGCCACCAUUCCCAGGAGGAACACGCUUCCAGCGAUGGAGAACUGCAGGCUGCAUCGAGCCUCCUCUUGCGAGACCUACGAAUAUCCCCAGCACGUCAAGAGCAGCAACGUCCAGUCAGCGGAGUCUGUGAAUGUUGGGCUCAGCUCGUACCUGCAAAACAAAGCUACAGUGGCUCGCUCCCACAGCGCCGACUCUGAGGACAAUUACGUCCACAUGAACCCGGGCUCCUCGGUCCUGCUGAGCACCGAGGGAUCCAACGACAACUCCUACAUCCCCAUGAGCCCUGGGCCACAUCACCUCGACUUCAUGGGGCUGUCCUCGUCGACCUUCCCGGUUCACAAAGGGAGCGCCAGUUCCCAGCCUCUCCGGCGCAUGAGCGAGAUCCAGCCCCCGCCAGUCAACCGCAACCUCAAACCUGACCGCAAAGCAAAGCCAACGCCACUGGACUUGAGAAACAACACUGUCAUUGAUGAGCUUCCUUUCAAAUCGCCUGUCACAAAAUCCUGGUCCAGGCCUGGCCAGGCGUUCAACUCCAACUUCUCGCCGUACUGUCGCCCCAUCUCCUCCCAGAGCAUCACCAGCACAGACUCAGGAGACAGCGAGGAGAACUACGUCGCCAUGCAAAACCCAGUCUCCGCUUCCCCCGUUCCCAGCGGCACGAACAGCCCCGCCAUGAAGAAGAGCGCAGGAAGCGUGGAUUACCUGGCUCUAGACUUCCAGCCGAGCUCACCUGGCCCUCACAGAAAGCCCUCCACGUCAUCGGUGGCCUCCGACGAGAAGGUCGAUUACGUGCAAGUCGACAAGGAGAAGACCCAAGCGCUGCAAAGCACCAUGCAAGAAUGGACGGACGUCCGGCAGUCUUCUGAACCUGCCAAAGCGGCCAAGUAGGA